GAGGAACCGCUAGGUGGAUACUAUUCAGAAAUUCUCGCUGAACGCUGAGACACACCACAAGCACCAGAGCCAUGUAAACAGAAGGCUGAUUUCAUAGAUUUUAGCCUACAGGGUUUUAGGCAAAAUCUGCAGGAAUGGGCAAGCGAGAUAAUAGAGUGGCGUACUUGAACCCAAUAGCUGCUGCCAGAGCCAGAGGACCUGCUCCCAACUCUGGCCCCACCAUUCAGGACUAUCUCAGCAGACCACGGCCAUCAUGGGAGGAGGUAAAAGAACAACUGGAAAAGAAGAAGAAAGGCUCCAGAGCUCUGGCUGAUUUUGAGGACAGAAUGAAUGAGCGAUGGAAGAAGGAACUGGAGAAAAAUAGGGAGAAGGUACUUGGUGGAGGCGAAAAGAAAGACAAGGAGAAGGAAAAGAAAGAGAAAAAGAAGGAGAAGAAAAAGUCCAGUAGGCAUUCCUCAUCUUCCUCCUCCUCCUCAUCGAGUUCUGAUUCCUCCUCCAGAUCCUCCUCAGACUCUGAAGAUGAUGGUGAAAAGAAAAUUAUGAAGAAAAAGAAAAAAAGAAAAAGAUCCUCUGCCCGUAGAGCGUCUGAUGAUUCUGACACAGAGUCAGAGACUGACAGCAGGGAAUCAUCCAAGAAAAAGAAGAAGAAACUGGAUGGAGAGAAAGACAAGGAUGAAAAGGACAGCAGAAGGAAGAGGAAAUCUGAAAGGAGUCACUCAGAGUCCUCAGACGAGUCUGAUGUAGACAGAGAUGCUGAGUCCAAAAAGAAAAAACGCAGUAGUGAAGAGAAGGAGAAAAUUACAGACAAGUCUAAGAAGAAGAAGAAAAAGAAGAAGCAUAAGAAACACAGCAAGAAGAAAAAGAGGAAGACAUCCGGCUCUGAGUUGGACUGAAGUGCUUGUGAGUGUGGUGUCCUGGAAUUCAAGUGGAAAUACAGAUGAAGCUCUUGCCAGACUGUGGGGGGUGGGUGGGGGGGUCAUUAUAUAUUUGUCCAAGCGACUCUUAAAAGUGGAUGGUUGUUAGCACUGUGUGGCUUUGUGGCAGACUUGGGCGAGAGGAUCAUGUGGCCGGGGAGUUUAUAAGGGGUUCGAGGUUCUUUUGUCAGGUUUGUGUUUGUUUUUUAAGCAGAUGAUUCUCAGUCCAAAUAAAGAUCAUUUACACCA